UAGUCCAUUGCUACAGAUUCGUGAGGUCUGGCGAGGUCGAUUCAUUUUAUGUUUCCAGUACGGACUUCUCCUUAAGAUUUUUCCAGUGGAAUAUUUCGGCGAGAAUUCCACCCCCCCGCCCCCUCCCCUGAAAAUAACUGGACUGGAGUGCUAAAACUUAAGAGAUCAGCAUGCCUCGCUCUUUCCUGGUAAAAAAGUAUUUCACCAGCAAGAGGCCAAACUACAGCGAGUUGGAAUGUCAAAAUGAUACUUUGCCAGACAGAUACCCACUUGCAGAACUCCCAGCAGUCAGCAAUGACUUCCCCGUGACUUGCUUGACCACUGGACUGGUUUGGGACGUCACCUUGUUACCUUCCCUGCAUGAUCCCACAUCCCCAACCACCCUCUCCACUAGCCAGGGCCCACUGGACCUCAGCUCGCCCUCCAGUGUCAGCUGCAGCAGCAGUGGGGAGGAAGAUGAAGGACGCACAUCAGAUCCACCGAGCCCGGAUUCCUCAGACACAUACCACCCACAACAGACGAGCAGACCGAGACGAAGCACCAAGAACAGGGCAGCGCAGAGGGAGGACAAGAGCGACGCCCCUGUCCCCGCCACCCGUCCAGCCUUUUUCUGCAAGCACUGUCCCAAAGAAUACAACAGUCUUGGUGCCCUGAAAAUGCACAUCCGCUCACACACACUACCAUGUGUGUGUCCCACCUGCGGAAAAGCCUUCUCCCGACCCUGGCUGUUAAGAGGACAUAUUCGCACACACACAGGCGAACGUCCAUUUUCCUGCCAGCAUUGCAAUCGCGCCUUUGCUGACCGAUCAAACCUGAGGGCGCACCUGCAAACCCACGCAGACGUGAAGAAGUACCAGUGUGGCACCUGUUCUCGUACCUUCAGUCGCAUGUCCUUGCUGCAGAAACACACCGCAACUGGCUGCUGCCCCUCCACAGCUUAAGGACGCUUAUGAAAGAAAGUGGAAAAGCAACAUUUCUGUGUUGCCAGGAGGUGCUAAUAGGACAUGAUGCCUUGUGAGAUAAUUAUUACUGUCUGCCUCUCUUCUCAACAACCACACGUACAUGCAAUACGGGACCGGAGAAGUGCAACACAACUGAAACAUUCAAGAGAACUUCUUAAACAAAACAUGGUUGAUACAUUCCCUAUUGCUAGAUCAGUUUUGGACUUGUCUUUCCCAACCAAAAUAUUACAAAUGAAGGAAUUAUGAGAGUUGUGCUGCAAAUUAAAGAGUAAUAGCUGUCCUAAAAUGCCUCUUGGUGCCAUUCGGCUAUGAGUACUGAACCAGGGACAGCUGCUGCCAGGUUGGGGGUGGACUCACUAUGGUAGGGUAUGUCUCUCAGCAUGACAUACGCACAUACAAAACAUAUGCACACAGACAGACAGCUGUUCUGUGGUGCGGAGGCAGUGUGCUAACAGGUGUCCUGGCCCUGACCAUCACAUCUCUGAUAACAUGUGGCGUCUGCCGAUUUAUCUAGAAACACACUUGGGAAGAGCCAUAAAGGAGCAGAGCUGACUUUGGUUUUAGUGGAGAUGUAACCUGCAUGUGCAAAAUGUUGCUUGAUCUCAUCACUUAUUUUUACUUUUACUGCAGAGCACAACUGUUUUUACCACCCUCCCGCUCCUUUUUCACUCUUCCUUUUGUUGUAUCUGGGGACUUAAAGAGUUUUAAAAUGCACUCCAAUUUACCAAAGAGUAUUGAACUCCUGUCAUUUUGUUUUAAAACUAAUGAUUGAAAAAUGUGCUUUUUGUAAUUUAAAGAUGUUUUCUUGUACCUCGAUGUUUUUCUCGUGAUGAGCGAAAAACACUUUCGAUUUUUAUCUGAUGUGAAGAAAAAUAAACUACAUUCUUCUGUCCACAAUCAUAA